AUGCAGCUAAAACAAGGUUCCAUGUUUAUGGCUGAGUACACCAACAAGUUCGAAGAGCUUUGUAGAAUUUCUCGGGUGUGUCAGGGUGACCCGGAGACCUUCGAGAGCUGGAGGUGUAUUAAGUAUCAGAGGGGUUUGAAGGACAACAUUAUGACUGCUAUGGCUCCUAUGGAGAUCCGUGUCUUCUCCGACUUGGUGAACAAAGCAAGGGCGGUGGAGGAAUAUGCUAAGACAGUGGCUGCGUCCAAGGACACUCAUGGAGGAAGCAGUAGUAAAGGGCAUGGCAAGUAUUAUCAUCCAAGAGGUCAAAGCUUUAAGAGUGGAGGAAAUGCGCAUCAAGGUCAAGGAGGUUUCAGAAAGAAUACUCAGAAUCAGUUUCAAUAUGCUAAGGGGAGAGGAAAUCAGAGUAAGAAUUUCCCGGAUUUGACUUGUGUGCGUUGUGGGCGUUUUCACCCUUAUGAUUCAUGCAAGAUUGGUUUAGGUUGUUGUUUCAACUGUGGUUUUCCUGGUCAUAUUGUGAGGGAUUGCACUCGUGGGAAGAACCCGACUGCGGGUCAAAGUCAGCACCAGGGGCGAGUUUUUGCUGUGAAUGCCAAGGAUGCUUCCAAGGCAGAUCCGUUGAUGAAAGGUAUUUAUUUAUUUGGUGAUAAGACUUUAAUUGCAUUAUAUGAUACUGGAGCAAUGCAUUCUUUUAUCUCGUUUGCUAAAGUUGAAGAGUUAGGCUUGAAAGUGUCAGAGUUGCCGUUUGAUCUGCAUGUACAUACUCCGCAUCAGACAAUUUUGACUAGAUCAGGUUGUAGACAAGUAGGUUUCAAGCUUGAGGGUAGAGAUUUUAUACAUGAUUUGAUCUGUUUACCUAUGGUUGGGUUGGAGAUGAUUUUGGAGUUUGAUUGGUUAUCAAAAAAUCGAGUUUUGUUGGAUUGGUUUGAACAGACUAUUCGAUUUAUGCCGGAAGGAGAUAGUGGGGCAGUGAUAACCGCAGGAUAUUACCUGAACUCUGUUAUAGUGCAUUGUGGCGGGGAAGAGUGUCAGGGUUAUUGA